UGGUUUAGCAUACAGUCGCAGUCGGCAACAUUAGGCCACUCCGCGACUGCAAACGAUGGCUGGAAAGACAGCUUACGUUUGCCAACCAUACACACAUACCGCCAGACACACACACACACACACACUUACUCACUACACACGAAACCUCACCGCUAUCCCCCAAAACGCUACUACACGCAACAAAACGAAACGGCCUUAGGUUUUAGUGUAGUUCAAUAUACAACAUUAGAGAUAUUUAAAGCUAGUUCUCUUUUUUUAAUUUUAUUGUACCUUUACAUUUCACUUAUCAUAAAUAAAAAUAUUUAUUUAUUACUCAAAAGAAAAGCGAAGAAGGUUCACAACGCCCCUCAAAACUGCACCAUACAGCACUGUGUCGCCCUCCCCCUGGGGUGGACACCUAAGAUAUAGAGAGUGAGCGGAACAAAACGGAUGAAAGAGAUGGUAAAGAAGUUGAGAAAUAACGGGAACACAGAUAACCAGAAUAUAGGCGGAAGGCGAACAAAACAGCAAAACGGAAUACAAUCACAAAAAAGGGAAUGUAGAAAAAGAUGUAAAAGAUGUAAGAGAAGAGUGGAAACACAAUAGAAACAUGAAAUAGCAAGAAACUCUAACGGCUACAACGGCGGAACACAUUUGCAAGCGGAAACUUGCACCGAGAGUUGGAGUUGGUUCGGGGUUUUCGGAUCUUUGCAUGAUUGAUGUUGUUGUUGUUGAUGUUGUUGUUGUUAGCACGUUAUGGUUUUUCUCUCUUCUCACUCCCACACCACCACCACCACCGCUAGCCCUCCCCACUAUUAUCUCUAUCGCUCUCACUCACACCAGCCCAGCCUGUGGAUUGUAAUAUUUAUUGUUUUUUGUUGCCUCACCUCGGCCGCUCACCCGCUACCAUUAGAAUGUAAGAAAGGAUAAUGAAGAGGAGUAACAGUAGUAUCGAUCGGUGGUGAUGCGAGAGAGAGAAAGGGAGAGAGGUUGGCUACACAGCAAGGUGGUAAUACGAGAUGCAGAAGCACACACAUGCACAGGAGAUUGUACAGAGAUUAGGAGAAAAAGGGAAAGAUUACUACGAAAAAAAAAAAAUGGCCAGAACUUGUACAGCAUGAGGAUCAUUUAUCAUCCAGAACCUGCAAAAACCAUAACACCGCACCAGCAACCGACAAACAAACAGACAAAAAUACGAACCCGCCAGCGAAACACGGAAACAAGGAACAAUAGUAUAUACCCUAUAUAGGCACGAGAGGUCUCGCCAUCAACAAUUGUAAAAUUGUAAAUAACUAUCCCCCCCCUCCCCAAGCACUAGCAGCAGUAGCACAAGGACAUUUCAACCAUCCAUGCUGUCUGAUUUCAAACUUUCCAGUUUUUAUGUCACUUCAAAUAUGCUUAUCACUUCUUAUUACGUCUUCCGUUUUCCGUUUUCUGUUUUGUAUUCCGAAACUUUUCGGGCCUUCCUUCACUUUUCUCGAGAUUUUCGUACUUUUCUUUCAUACUUCUUUCUUUCGCUUCUUGUGUUUGUUCAGUUCCCUCUCUUUGUUUUAUUUUCUUUUUGUUUUGUGAUUUAUUUUACUGUCGUACGUUGCGAUCGGGUGGUUAUCAGUGAAAAUUGGUUUCCAUUCUACUUUCCCCAAUGCGCGUGUCCGAGCGGGCUUUCUUCAUUAAGUACUUUUGGCUAGGGGUGUGGUGUGUAUAAUGAGUUGGUUCACGCCAGGUCUUCUAGCGAACGGAAGGCACGUUUUAGUUAAGGCUUUCGGUAAUAGAUCAGAAGACAGGGUGGUGUGCGUUGUCAGCAGACAAAAACAGAAACACAUCGACAGGAAACAAAACAAAAGAAAGCAAAAUGAAUGGAUGAAAACACACAAAAAAAAACACAAAAAACACAACAAAAAGCACCCAACGAUACAGGGCGGGUCCCGAUGGGUAUGGAAACAUGUAAAACCAAAAACCAAAACCGAAAACCAUUUUAAAAAUCACUACAAAUAGAGAGACAAUUGGAGGUGGGAGAGCGAAAAGAAUGGAAAGAAGAAACCACAUGCAACUCCCAGCCUCCCCCACACCAGAUUACUUAUAUGCUGACUGCAAAUGAAUGUGUAAUAAUGCAAAUGAGCGAGAAAAGGAUAGAGAAGAGAGAGAGAGAGAGAUGGCUAACUACAUAGCAAAAAGAGAGUUUACUAUCUAAGAGCCGAGGAUGAGGAGGACGACGGAAAGAGAGUAUAAAAUAUAACAAAACAAACUGGUAGAAUAGUGUGAAUGUCCAGUAAACGCAAUUCGUGUGGAUAAGCAGAGGAGGAUGGUAUAAAGCAUGUAAACGAAACGUACAAUGAGCAAAUGAGAAACGAGAGAUCCGAAAUCCUACAAAAAAAAUACCAUUACAAGCACACCCAGCAGCAGUUAGAACGGUUUAAGUGAAAUAAGCAAACAGUUUAAGCCAGAAACAAAACAUCCACCAAAUCAUCGAGAAACAAAAGGAUAAUAUAAAAACCACCACGGACAAAAACAUACACACACA